AUGAAUUUCAUAUUACAACAAAUUAGAAGAAUUUUUAAACUCUUCAUUUUAAACUCAUUAGAUUCUCUGUAUUAACUUGACUCCGAUGAAGAAACUCUCAGAUUCUUAAAGGGUCUCCAAGUCUUCGGAACAUCGGGCUUAGGUUCUGCUUUAGCAAAUUGCACUAAUCUCUCAAAUUUGUUACUUUAUCUAGAGUAAAUUCGGUUUAUUUGUUUUGUAUUGUGGUAUUUUUAGUUAUAAAAAAAUGAAUUUAAAAUAAUUUAACUUUUUUAAUUUGUUUAUUAGUUUUUAUUUGAUUCACUUUUCCUUUUUUUAUUUUACUUGUGUUAUUUUUUUCUUCUAUCUUUCUUAAUUAAAAUUAUUUUUUAUUUCCAACACUUCCUUUUAUUAUUUUUAUUUUCUUUCUUAUUAUUUAAUAUUUUUAUUCAUUUUUUACUUCUAAAUAAUUAACUAAUUAAAUAUUUUUUCUUCAAUAUUUAAAAAGAUUCAAUAAAAUAGGUGCAAUAGGUGCAUCAGAAUUAGAUUCUGGUUUAUCAAAUUGCACUAAUCUCUUAAAUUUAUUACUUGAUCUUAGCUCAUUUAAUUUGUUUAUUAACUUUUUAUUUGAUUUAAUUUUCAGUUUCUAUUUUAUUUUACCUUCUUCUUCUUCUUCUUUCUAUCUAUCUAUCUAUCUAUCUAUCUAUCUAUCUAUCUAUCUUAAUUUAAUUUAUUUUUUUAAUUUUCAAUAUUUUCUUUUAUUAUUUUUAUUUUCAUAUCUUAUACAAUUUAAUUGGUGAUUAAGGUGUAUCAAGCUUAAUUUCUGCUUUAGCAAAUUGCACUAAUCUCUCAAAUUUGACACUUGAUCUUAUCAACAAUGAAAUUGGUGCAUUAGGUGCAUCAGGCUUAGGUUCUGCUUUAGUAAAUUGCUCUCAUCUCUAAAAUUUGACACUUUAUCUUGGAUAGAAUUUAAUUGAUGAUUAAGAUGCAUCAGACUUAGGUUCUGCUUUAGUAAAUCACCCUAAUCUCUUAAAAUUGAGAAUUUAUCUUGAUAAUAAGUAAAUCGAAUAAUUAUUAGAUAUGAAAUUAAAAAAAAAGUGUCUUUAAUCAAAAAGAUUAGUUUUCUUUAAAAUAUAAAUGCUAUUAUGA